GUACCGGGUAAUACCAUCCCGCCUCUCUCUCUUGACAGCGCACUCUGGAUUUGGACUGGAGAGCCCCCCGGCAUCCCUGGUAUGCGGGCUUUCCGCAAGACACUUCCGGAGGGGACGUCAAGGGCCGUUUGUGUCACCUUUGCGAUUGCUGCCGACGACGCCUACACUGUCUGGGUCAAUGGAGUCGAAAUCGGAGAUAAUAUCCGGAAGGGAGGUGACCCUGGUGGUUCCGCGUUCCGCGAGCUAGACAUCUACAGUGUCUCCCUCAGCCACACGAAAAAUGUCAUUGCAGUAAACGCAACUAACGUCAUCAGCGUGGAUGGGGUCAUCCUCACCGGCGUUGUUCAAUACGAAGAUGGAUCACAGGUUACUUUCGUCACAGAUGCCAGCUGGUUGACCGCGGGCAAUAUUCCCCCUCCUGAUAGAUUCCAGCUGAUCGACUUCGACGACAGUAAUUGGGCUCAUGUUGCUAUUAUUGGCCCGGUCGGUACUCAGCCCUGGGGCGUGCUGCGCUUCGCACCUUUCACCGGAAAGGCGUGC